CGGAGCUAGACCAAACCAAAGAGGUGGAUCUAUGCACGGUAGAUAUUUGUAUUAGCGCUCAAUAUAGUAAAGCUCGUGGGCCUCGUGGUUUAGCUUAAGAAUAAUCAAACGAAAGAGAAAGAGGAUCAGGGAGCAAUCUUCCUCACAACCUCGAUCUAGAAUUACUCCGCACUCCACAGUACUCAGUCUACUCCACACGAGCAAAAGUCAACCAAAGCUCAUAGCUCCGUUUCCAUCGCAUUCCUCUUCGAUCCCUCCAUCAAUCCAAGAACACGCAGACGCGAACACCAUGAGCUGGUCCGACCUGCCAGCCGAGCUCGUAGCCGGGAUCGCCGACAGGAUCACCGAGCAUGCGGACCUCGCGCGCUUCCGCUCGGUGUGCCCUUCUUGGCGCUCGGCCUCGGCGGAGCACGCCGCCCGCCGCCGCGUGCCCCUGCUCCUCCUGCCCUCCCAGCAGAACUCCCGCGUCAACCGCCGUCUCUGGUCCCUCGCCGACGACAGCAUCACGGAGAUCCCCAUGCCCGCAGCGUGCGGCCGCUCCUUCCUCUUCGCCUCGCCGCGCGGCUGGACGCUCGCCGUGGCCGACGACUUCUCGGCCACGCUGCUGCACCCCUUCACGGGCGCGUCGGAGAGCCUGCCCGCGUUGCCGCCAUCCUUCCACGACGGGUAUCAGAUGAUCCUCCGUGACAUGGUCUGGGACCGGUCGCCUGACGCCGUCAUGGUCUCGCAGGGUAAGGGCGCGUUCUUCUGCCGGCUGCAGGGCGACGGCAGGUCGUGGACCCCCGCCGACCUCUCGCCGCCAGCUCGCGUCGGCAGCAUCACCUACUGCGACGGCGCUUUCUACGUCCUCGACAAGCGCGCCAACAAGGUAACGGCCGUGGACGGCGCGACCUUCGCCGUGGUCGCCGCGAUCGAGCCGCCAGAUCUGGUGAUGCCCGACCGCUCGUGGAUGCGCGAGUCCACGCUCGUCGUGUCGUCCGCUUCCGAGCUCCUCCUCGUCGUGCACGGAGGAUGCCACCGCUCGAAGGGCCUCUUCAAGGCCUUUCGCGCGGACCGCGGGAGCCUGGCGGCCGGGUGGUCGGAGGUCGGCGGCGGCGGGCUCGGCGACCGCGCCGUGUUCGUGGACCACGUCCGCGGCUUCUGCGUGGAGGCGAACGGGGUGAACGGGGUGCGGAGGAACUGCGUGUACGUGGCCAGCGCGCACGAGGAGGCCAACGCCAACUCCGGGUGGGGCGACUGGGGGAGGUAUACCGUCUCCAUGCUCGACCUCGACGGCCUCACCACGUCCCUCUUGAAAUGCCUGCACGGUAGGCAGCGCCCUUCCUGGUCGAUGCCAAAUCUGCAUUGACCUUGCUCCUCCAAACGAAAAAAACUACGUGUGCGAGUUGAUCGCAUUGAGGUUGGUUGCAGUAAUAAGCAGAGCUGCCAGUUCGUCUACUAUUCUAGUUUUAACUUGCGCUACUUUGUCGGGCUUGUUUUAUUCUACGAGAAGUGAAAGAUCUAGCUUCAGUUACGAGAAUUUGAUUAUCAAAUGUGUCACCGUGUUCCUAAGGGCAUGCCCAACGCUACAGGCUGGACGGAUGCCUCAGCUCUCCACGUCGGCUCGGGUGGUCCUCGAUUGCUGUUCGUGCUACUUGCAGGCUAAGGCUGGUCAUAGUGGGGAGUAACUUAGACUAGUAACAUACAUAUGUUACUAGUCUAUGUUACUACCUUCAUAGUGGGUAGUGUCAUAGGUGUGGUAACAUAGUUGCCUUCAUUUAUUACUUUGUAGACUCAUUAUGCAUUGGAAACCGCUAUGUGAUGGUAACAUAUUAUGUUACUCUAUUUGCCUCUCUCCUCAUUAACUACUUGCCACAUCAUCAUUUUUGCUUAUGUGGCAUCUAUGUUACUACCUAUGUUACUUCCACUAUGACCAGUCUAAAGGGGGAUCUGCAGAGGAGGCCGUCUCCUUCCUGCCAAAAGUGGAGCGAGGCAAAAAAAGAAGAGAGGAAGCUGAAGAAAGCGUGGGGCUGAGAUCUGGUAAAGCAGGAGAGAGAAAUAUGAAUAGUAAAAAAGUUGGCCUGCUGAGGCUAGUGCUGCGUUGGGCAGUAGAUUUUUG